AUGCGCGCAGGAGUGCUGGUCCAAGCUAAUCAGCCAUUGGACGGGAGAUCACAGAGAAAGCAGUCGUCGCGAACAGUACCGCAGCAAUUGCGCGGCCAGGAAAGCACCGGCGUUUAUUACGCCCAGAGUGAAAAGCAUCAUAGCAGCUCAUCCGGAGGACGAGAAGCUCUACCGAGAAGAAUGGACGAGGAUCUGGCGUAUCCUAUCCAGUGUCUGCAUUACCACGCUGUGGAUCCAAAGAAACCGAGUCAGGAAGAUGUGGUCGCGCCAACGGCGAUAAGGCGUAAAGGCGGUCUUUGGGUGAGAAAGAUCCAGCGACCUUCUGGCGACAAGUCGCGACUGUACAAGCUCCGACGACCUUUUGAGCCGUCGGUGGAAGUUCGAGAUCCAACAUGGACAUCCUUUGUGCUCAAAGAACAGAGCAGCAUUUACUCUCAACCACACAAGGGCACGUCCGACUAUCGUUCAUUUCUGUCGUGUUCCGACACGACAGAUAAGUCCCUCGCAAGUAUCAAGUGCAAAGCUGUUAAAUAUGUGGAAAAGGCUUACUGCCCGCUACACAGUAACUUUAAGCUCUGUUAG